AUGUAAAAUAUAAAUUAUAUCAGACAGACAAGAGGUUCAUAUGUUUUUAAUUUUUUUGCAUGCAAAUUAAUAUAAAUAUUUUUAAAAAUCUAAAAAAUAGUCCUAAACAAAAUUUAUAAGCUCGAAAGAGGGAGCUAGCAGAUUAUUAAAUUUUAGCAACUUUUAGUUUCAGAUUUUGAUACUCAACAUAAAAUUUGUAAUUAAUAUCAAUAACAAACAAACAAAGAAAAAAACAAUGAAUGGAUAGGUCUAUCAAUCUAUUAGUGCUAAAGUCUGCCAGCUUUGAGAAACUAAAAAUAAAUUUUAAUUUUUUAGUAAUAGCUUAUAUUUCUAUUGCUUCUUAUACUAGAUGAUAUUUAGAUGGAAUAAAUCUAGCAUUUAAAUUAUUUAAGCUACUUUUGUCUUUUCUUUGUAAAAAUUUAAAAUACGGCAUCAAAAUUUAACAAAGUCAGGCUGGUAUUUUUUUAGAAAUUAAUCGAAAAAAUGGCACAAAAAAUAAAAUAUUUCUCUGAAGGCUUAGUUUUUGGUAGAUUUAUUCUGUUUAGGUGUAGUAAGGCUAAUUUGUGCAUUUCAUGCCCUAGAAACUAAGAAUUUAUUCAAGAUAAAAGUAGUAAAAACCUAUAUCAAGGAUUUUAAUUUUAUGAAGGUAGCCAUAGUAAUUAUUCUUUCAAAAUGCUACAAAUAUUAGAGAAUAAUUUCAUCCUUUCACAGUAAGAAAAUUUAAAUAUUUAUAUUUACAAUGAUAUUAAAAGUUUGAAAUCAAAUUUAAAAGGAUAUUUGUUACUUUCAUCAAUUAUAAAUGAACGCACUUUUUAAGUAUCUCAAAAGACAUCUACUUUAAAGCUAUUAAGUAUGAUCUUAAAUUUAUCUCCUAAUUUAAUUUAUGCUAAAAUAACAAUUUUAUGA